CCCGGCCCGCGCCUCGGCCCCGGGGCUCCGUCCCCGCCCCCCCCCCCCCGGCGCGGGCGAGUGGGGAUUCCCCGACACCUGAGGUGGAUGCCUCCCGGGAGGCCCCGGGGACCGAGCCGGGCGUUAAGGUCUCACUUUCCGAGCAUUAGUUUUGGGGCUCCUGGACUGCUGUAAUGGAAACUGAGAGUGAACAAAACUCCAACUCCACCAAUGGGAGCUCCAGCUCAGGGGGUAGCACUCGCCCCCAGAUAGCUCAAAUGUCACUAUAUGAGCGACAGGCUGUGCAGGCCUUGCAGGCAUUACAGAGACAGCCUAAUGCAGCCCAGUAUUUCCACCAGUUCAUGCUUCAGCAGCAGCUCAGCAAUGCCCAGCUGCACAGCCUGGCUGCCGUCCAGCAGGCUACCAUUGCAGCCAGCCGGCAAGCCAGCUCCCCAAGCACCAGCACACCUCAGCAGACCACUACUACUCAGGCGUCAAUCAAUCUGGCUACCACCUCUGCUGCUCAGCUCAUCAGCCGUUCCCAGAGCGUGAGCUCCCCCAGUGCUACCACCCUUACCCAGUCUGUGCUCCUGGGUAAUACCACCUCUCCACCCCUCAACCAGUCCCAGGCUCAGAUGUAUCUUCGGCCACAGCUGGGUAACCUGUUACAGGUGAACCGGACCCUGGGCCGGAAUGUGCCCCUGGCAUCCCAGCUCAUCCUUAUGCCUAAUGGGGCUGUGGCUGCUGUCCAGCAGGAAGUACCAUCUGCUCAGUCGCCUGGAGUCCACACAGAUACAGAUCAGGUGCAGAACUUGGCAGUGAGGAGCCAACAGUCUUCAGCCCAGGGUCCCCAAAUGCAGGGCUCUGCUCAAAAGGCCAUGCCCCCUGGAGCUUCUCCUACCACAGGCCUUCCCCAAGCCACUGGCCAGCCUUUAGCUAUGACUCAAGCUUCCUCUGGCGGGGCAGGCCAGUCCCUCAACCUCAGUCAAGCUGGUGGGAGCAGUGGGAAUGGCAUCCCAGGAUCUGUGGGGCCGGGGGGUGGCCAGGCAUCUGGGGGCCUGGGUCAGGUGGCCUCUUCAGGGAUGGGUGGAGGUGGGAGCUGCUCCAGGAAAGGCACUGGGGUGGUGCAGCCUUUGCCUGCAGCCCAGGCAGUGACAGUGAGCCAGGGCAGCCAGACAGAGGCAGAAAAUGCAGCAGCCAAGAAGGCAGAGGUAGAGAGCAGUGGACAGCAGAGUGUGGGCAUGAACCUGACCCGGACAGCUACACCUGCUCCCAGCCAGACCCUUAUCAGCUCAGCAACCUACACCCAGAUCCAGCCCCACUCACUGAUCCAGCAACAGCAGCAGAUCCACCUACAGCAGAAGCAAGUCGUAAUCCAGCAGCAGAUUGCCAUCCACCACCAGCAACAGUUUCAGCACCGGCAGUCCCAGUUGCUCCACACAGCUACCCAUCUCCAGCUAGCCCAGCAGCAGCAACAGCAGCAGCAGCAGCAGCAGCAGCAGCAGCAGCAAGCCCCAACUCUCACCGCCCCUCCGGCACAAGUCCCCCCCUCCCAGCAAGCCCCGCCUCCACAGUCUCAGCAGGCUCAGACCCUGGUUGUGCAGCCCAUGCUCCAAUCCCAGGCCCUUGCCCUCCCUCCUGACUCUGCCCCUAAACCACCCCUGCCCAUUCAGUCCAAGCUGCCAAUGGCAUCCAUUAAGCCCCCUCAGUUAGGGGCUACCAAGAUGUCUGCUACCCAGCAGCCGCCACCACAUAUUCCUGUCCAGGUGGUGGGAAGCAGGCAGCCGGGUUCAGCUCAGGCGCAGGCUUUAGGAUUAGCACAGCUGGCGGCUGCUGUGCCAACUUCUCGAGGACUGCCAGGCUCAGUGCAAGGAGUGGGCCAGCCCCAUGUGACUUCCCCCCCCUCCCAGGCUACUGGAACCCUGCAAGAUGUCCCCCCAACAUUAGCCUCUGGGGUCAGCUUGACCCCUCUGCAGGGGACAGCACAUGUGGUAAAGGGAGGAGCCGCUGCCUCACCUGUUGUGGCCCAGGUUCCUGCUGCCUUCUAUAUGCAGUCUGUCCAGCUGCCGGGCAAACCCCAGACUCUAGCUGUUAAGCGAAAAGCUGAAUCUGAGGAAGAUAGAGAGGAAGUCUCCACUAUAAACACUAUGCUUCCUGCCAAGUCAUCACCAAUUGUAGAGAGUCCCAAAACCAUGGAAGAAAAGGGCAGCCUUGCAGAGAAAGCUGAACCAGUGGUCAGCAUGGUCCCUAACACUCCUAGCAGUGACCUAGCAGUCUCAACCCCUACCCCAUCUGCACCACCCCCCACGCUGGCUAUGAUGUCUCGACAGAUGGGUGACUUGAAGCCCCCACAGGCCAUUGUGAAACCUCAGAUUCUCACCCACAUCAUUGAAGGCUUUGUCAUCCAGGAAGGGGCAGAACCUUUCCCGGUGGGCUGUUCCCAGCUCUUAAAGGAGUCUGAGAAGCCAUUACAGACAGGAGCUCCUGCAGGACUGAAUGAAAGCCAAUCAGGUGGCCCCAUAGUAGGGGACAGCAUAGCUUCAGAGCUGGAUAAGAAAACCAAUCUGCUGAAGUGUGAGUACUGUGGAAAAUACGCUCCAGAGGAGCAGUUCCGUGGCUCCAAGAGAUUCUGCUCCAUGACUUGUGCUAAGAGGUACAAUGUAAGUUGUAGCCAUCAGUUUCGACUAAAGCGGAAAAAAAUGAAGGAGUUCCAAGAAGCUAAUUAUGCUCGAGUGCGCCGGCGUGGACCUAGACGAAGCUCCUCUGACAUUGCCCGCGCCAAGAUCCAGGGCAAGCGACACCGGGGUCAGGAGGAUUCUAGUCGGGGUUCAGAUAACUCUAGUUAUGAUGAAGCGCUAUCUCCCACUUCCCCUGGACCUUUAUCAGUGAGGGCUGGUCAUGGAGAACGAGACCUGGCAAAUUCCAACACAGAGCCCCUAACUCCAGAACUGCAUGGUAUCAACCCGGUCUUCCUGUCCAGCAAUCCCAGCCGCUGGAGCGUGGAAGAAGUUUAUGAGUUCAUCGCUUCUCUACAAGGAUGCCAAGAGAUUGCAGAAGAGUUCCGCUCCCAGGAGAUUGAUGGGCAAGCUUUGUUACUACUCAAAGAAGAACAUCUCAUGAGUGCCAUGAACAUCAAGUUGGGCCCAGCCCUCAAGAUCUGCGCCAAGAUCAAUGUCCUCAAGGAGACCUAAAUAGAGCCUUCUCAUAGACUAGCUCAAAGUGGGCCCUCCCUUGCUGCCCAAGCUGCAAUCUGCUGAGGACCAGUAGAGAUCUGGGCAGGGGAAGAGAGGUGUUUUACCAGUGGGGAAGAUAAGACAGGAAAAAUGAGUGUUCACCCAUCCCCUGAUGAACUACUGUUACCACAUGGUAGCAGUUUUUGACACUUUCAGUUCUAGUUUAUUUUUUAAAAAAUGGCUCCUCCCUCACCACCCCACCCUUCCCUACCACUCCCCCCAAAUCUGAGAGAUCUGGAGGGCAAAGGCUACUCAGCUCUUUCCUGGAUAGUGAGUCCAACCAGGGCUUGUUAUCCUGAAGGACUACAGUAUGGCAAGGGCCUGACCAUACAUGGUGGAACUGGUAAGAUCUGAGGCUGCUUUCCCCCAUCAGGGAAAUAAGGGUAGGAUUGUCUAGUUUAUGGUACUUCUCUUUGUAUCACUAACUGUGGCCUACUCCCUUUUCCCCCAAGUACCUCGCAGGCUCCACCUGCUCCUUGGCAAGGCUACCAUCCUCUUUGAAAGUUGGCUCAUAACCUUAUGAGUUGGUCUAGGGACAUCCGGCAUGUUUGUGGCUGACACGUGUGUGGUUUUUCUUCUCUUUUCUUCCCCAUUCAUCUGUUGGCUUUCUUCUACUCUACCCACCAAUCCCUCUUUUCUUUCUACCUCCUUUGUCCCUUAGCUUUACAAGGCCAGGAAUACGAGUUACUGGGGGCAGGAGUAAAAAGCCUGUUUCUUGUUUCAGACCCUGUUUCUUGUACAACAAAAAUAACUAUUUUUUUUUCCCUUCCUUAGUAAAAAGAUGAAAACUGGU